AUGAGCACGACGCAACACCUAGGCGUGGCCCUAUGCUACGACCAAGCACGCCUACAGUUCUACGACUCGGCAUGCCACACGGUGUCUCCACUGGGCAACUUCGGCAGAGUAGUGACCGGCGUGUCCAGGAGAUACAACUGCUUCGGCGCCGCCAUGGGGUUCUUCUACGACAAGCUCGUCGCGGGAGGCGAGAUCAACGCGUGCGUCUGCACCUUUUACAGCCCAGACGGCGGCGCCACCGUCCCGUGGGAGUUCGUCACACAUUACGGGCCUUGCAACGGCGCGUGUGUCUCCAAGACGUUCACCUGCAAUGGCUUAAAACCUGUGGCUCAUAACGGCGCGGACGACAAGGUCAAGAGGGAUCCGUACCUCCUAUCGAUUGGUGAGGCCGUUCAUGGAGAGCAGUACCUCGUUGCCAAACGGAGUGCCGACACGGCCACGACCACGACCACGACCACGGUCGCUUCUUCAGGGGCUGCUCCACUUGCUGGUGCUGUCAAUUGGAAGGUGGCCGUGUUCGUUGCGACAAUCAUGUUGAGCAAUGCGCUAUUAUGA